GCCCUGAAAGGCCAGGCGAGGGGGCGGCUCCGCGGGGUCGGGAGAGUAGUCUAGAGCGCCAUGGCCGCCCUGCGUGUCCUGCUGCCCCGGCUCCGCGGCCCGCUGAGGGCCCCGGUUCGCUGUCCUGCGUGGCGUCCCUUCGCCUCGGGAGGCCACUCUCACCAGGCCGCGUCCUGCGGGAGGCCCAGGAGGCCUGGCCGCUGGCUCUUACUGCCCCAAUGCCAAGACCUCUGGCCAACUGGGCGCAGGGUGAGGGUUGUGAAAAUCCCAGGUGUUCCCUCGGCUCUAAGAGCAGGCAUAGGUCCUGUGCAGCAGGCCAGCCGAAGAACAGGAGAUGCAGGUGCUAACUUUGAGUACAUCAUCGCAGAAAAAAGAGGGAAGAAUAACACCGUGGGGUUGAUCCAACUGAACCGCCCCAAGGCCCUCAAUGCACUUUGCGAUGGCCUGAUUGAGGAGCUCAACCAGGCACUGAAGACCUUCGAGGAGGACACGGCCGUGGGGGCCAUUGUCCUCACCGGCGGGGAUAAGGCCUUUGCAGCUGGAGCUGAUAUCAAGGAAAUGCAGAACCUGAGUUUCCAGGACUGUUACUCCAACAAGUUCCUGAAGCACUGGGACCGCCUCACCCAGAUCAAGAAGCCAGUCAUCGCUGCUGUCAAUGGCUAUGCCUUUGGCGGGGGCUGUGAGCUUGCCAUGAUGUGUGAUAUCAUCUAUGCCGGCGAGAAGGCCCAGUUUGCACAGCCAGAGAUCUUACUAGGAACCAUCCCAGGUGCGGGUGGCACCCAGAGACUCACGCGUGCUGUUGGGAAGUCGCUGGCAAUGGAGAUGGUCCUCACCGGUGACCGGAUCUCAGCCCAGGACGCCAAGCAAGCAGGUCUCGUAAGCAAGAUUUUUCCUGUUGAGACACUGGUGGAAGAAGCCAUCCAGUGUGCAGAAAAAAUUGCCAGCAAUUCUAAAAUUAUAGUAGCCAUGGCCAAAGAAUCAGUGAAUGCAGCUUUUGAAAUGACAUUAACAGAAGGAAGUAAGUUAGAGAAGAAACUCUUCUACUCAACCUUUGCCACCGAUGACCGGAAAGAAGGGAUGACUGCGUUUGUGGAAAAGAGAAAGGCCAACUUCAAAGACCAGUGAGACCCAGCCGCCCCUCCCUCACACCUUUGCUUGGAGAGAGCAAGUGCAGCCUGCUGUCAGUUUUAGAAGCAAGUAAAUCAUCCUCUUUUCGAGAGCAGCGUCCGUGGUGCGCAGUUUCUCUCUGACUGCUGCGUGGUCACGGCCCGAGCUCUCACGGCAUGACUGCCUUCUUUACCCAGCCUGUGAGGGUCCGUGUUCACAUCCUGAUUGGAGCACCUUCUUCUCAAUGUUAAGAUUCUGCUGAGGAGCCCCUGCUGGUCCCUCUGGGCAUGUUGUGCUUGGGCGGAAAGCAGGGCCUGCGGGUCCUUGUGUCCCUGCCACUGGAGAGUGGGGCUGCUCUGAGGGAAACACUGCUGCCUUCACACAGAUGCUCUGCUGAUUAAAGUGACAGCGAUUCAGGUGACACCACGCCUCGUA